AUGUCGCACAACACCCCAGACAGCCUCCUCAAGCUCGCCGCCGACCUCAAUAAGCUAGGUGGAGAACUUUGUGCAAUAGGUGGCAAGCUGGCACAGGCCGCAACAACUCUAGAGCAAGAAGCUGCCAAUGUUGCUCUUACGAACGCGCAGCGAUGGGGGGUCGAUGUGCAGGUUGCUGUAAGGGCUGGACCGCAUGGUCAAUGGACUGGACAAGGAAACGAGAUUGUUGUUAAUGGCGCGAAGAAGUAGCGAUGCUGUCGAGAGAGAGUAAGAAGGAAGCGGACAAGGGAUGAUGGCAUGUGCAAAGGAAUAUAGAAAGGCCGAUGUUGGAUAUCGGCAAGGAGAGACGAUCUCCCAGUGGAGUGUAGUGCGGAAGGGAAGUUCGGAAGUUGGUAAAUUGCGAGGACGCGUCCCAGACUUCGAUAUGGUGCAUUGCUAGUUUUUUUUGAUCUCUUCAAUGACCGGCAUGGUGCUACAUUGUUCUCAUUGUAUUUCUUAGGACGAGGGCG